AUGAGACUAAAGCAAGAGCAAGAGCAUGAAGUUUUGCACAAGCAGAGUUGGAUCAUUCUUGAUGCAGCAAAGAAGCAUAUACUCUGUUAUAACAACCUGGAAAAUGACAAAUUAAAAUGUCAUGAAAUGGGCCAUUUUGAAUUUAAAUCUGUGCUUGAUGAUAAUGCACAAAGUACAAACAAAACCCUAAUUUUGAAAUGGACUUGCUACAAAAUGAUACCUUCAUCCAUUCAUUCUGAUGGCAUGUUGGCAGAGGAAAAUCAUCCUAUUUAUUUUUUGAAACAUUCUUUACCUCUUUUAGAGCUGCAAAUUGGUAUUAUUUGCAUUUUACAUCAUACUAUACAUUUCUUCCUCAGUCGAUACGGAAUUACCGAAAUUGUCUCGCAAGUUCUUGCGCAUAAAUUAAAACUGCUGUUGAUGUUUGAAACUGGGCUAAAAUUACCAAGAUUGGAAAAGCCUUUGACAGGGAUAAUUCUUGGUCCGACGUUUCUUGGGAAGUUUGAUUUUAUGAGAAAAGGUUUAUUUCCUCAUGAGAGUCAAGAUUAUUUAUUUACAUUCGCAUAUUUUGGAUUUGGAAUUUUUCUGUUCAUGACUACAACAAAGUUGGAUUUAGGAAAAAUACUAGGAACAGGCAAAAUUGUGAUAUACAGCGGUAUAGGAAAUGUCCUAAUACCUUUAUUUCUUGGUCUAGGUCUUACAGGACUUCAUAGAAACAAAUUAAAUGAACAUGGAUUAAUGGAUGAAGCUACAAUUGUAGCUAUUAUGCAAUGUUUCUCUACAUUUUCAAUCAUAGCAAAUGUUCUUGAAGAGCUUAAGAUUUUAAAUUCUGAGAUCGGGAGAUUAGUACUAUCUUCAGCAUUAGUUGGUGAUCUUUUGGGCAUAAUUCUUUUGUCAAUAGUUACAUCGGUUAUGCAAAAAGGUGCGAAAGAAAAUAUCUUGAUCGACGUUAGUGUAGUUCUUGCCUUUAGUAUUGCAGCGGCUUUCGUAUUCCGCCCUACAAUGCUGUGGAUAAUUAGAAAAACUCCUCAAGGUUCGCCUGUUGAUUCCACCUACAUUUUCGUUAUCAUGGCAGUAAUGUUCCUAUCUCAAGCUUAUUUCCAUUAUUUUCACCAGUAUCUAAGCGUAGCGGCGGCAAUUCUAGGGUUUGCUGUCCCCGCAGGUCCGCCAUUAGGAUCUACUUUGGUGGAAAAAUACGAAACCGUUUCAACGAAAUUCCUUAUGCCAAUAGCUAUGGUUCAAGCAGUAAUGAGAGCUGAUUUAAGCCUAUUAUUUACUAAUUUUUCAAGAAUCGAAUUCUACUGUGUUUUGGGAUUAUUGAUUUUCGGGUCCAAACUUGGUGUGUCUCUAUUAGCUGCCUUGUAUGUCAAGAUACCUCUGAAUGAUUCUUUUUUAUACGCUGCGCUUAUGACUUGUAGAGGCGUAAUUGAGCUAUGCACAAAUUUGAUGGCAAGAGAUUCCGGGACCAUAGGAGAUGAAGCUUUUGCGUUCUUAACUUUUGGUGUCUUCAUCAGCUCAGCUUUUGUUUCAUUAAUAGUAAAAUAUUGCUAUGAUCCAUCAAGAAAAUAUGCAGGCUAUCAGGCAAGGAACAUUAUGUGUUUAAAGCCUAAAUCACGCCUCCGAAUUCUCGCAUGUAUUCACAAACCGGACCAUGUAACUUCAGUGAUAAGUCUACUGGAUGCUUUUCUACCUACCGAAGACAGACCGAUCGAUAUCUAUGUCGUUCAUCUAAUUCAAUUAAUUGGUCGAGCCACACCAGUCCUCAUUUCCCAUCAAAUGCAGAGCCUGAUUACCGAUCCACGAUCUCAAAAUAUAAUCUUUGCAUUCACUCAAUAUCAACAAAACAGAUGGGGAACUGUAUGUGCAUCUACUUUCACGGCAAUAAAUAAACCUAAAAUAAUGAAUGAAGAUAUUUCGAUGCUCGCGCUCGACAAGUUCACGUCCCUUAUACUGCUUCCACUUCAUCGACGAUGGUCUAUCCAUGGACGAGUAGAAUCUGAAGAUCAAGAUAUAAGGCUUGUAAAUUGUAAGGUUCUUGAAAAGGCUCCUUGUUCUGUAGGUAUAUUUUUUGAUCGUGGAAAACUUGGACGCCCAUUUUCUAUGGCGGCAACACCAAAGCCUUCUAUUUCGAUAUGUAUGAUUUUCUUAGGAGGUGCAGAUGAUCGCGAGGCAUUAUCUUUAGCUAAACGUAUAGUUAUGGACCCGAGGACGCGUCUAACAGUCAUCCAUCUUGUACCACAAGGUUUAGACUUGGAGUCGGACGAAAAUGAGGAUUUAAUGAUCGAUUCUUGGGCAUUAAAUGAAGUGAUUGACAAUCAAACCAAUUCUUUAUCAAAUACAGAAUAUAGAGAGGUAAGAGUGAAAGAUGGACCGGCAACUGCAAUAAUACUUCAUUCAAUAGUAGAUGAGUAUGAUCUUUUUUUAUUGGGAAGACGUCAUGGCGAAAAAUCGCCUCAGACAUUAGGUUUAUCAGAAUGGACUGAGCUUUCAGAAUUAGGAAUUAUUGGAGAUUUAUUCGCUUCCAAUGAUCUUAAUACUAGAGCUGCUGUUUUAGUGGUGCAACAACAAAAACAGAUUAGAUUAGAUUGUCGAAAUUGGUUGAGAAUUGGCACUCCUAGUUUGAUCAUGAUGAUAUUCGGCAUUCAUGGAGCAAAGAAUGAAAAGUUUGAGUCUUGUAGGGAAAAUAAUCCAUGUCUUAGAGUUCCAUUAGGGGGUGUUAAUGAUUUCCGUGUGUUGUUGAAUGAUUAA